AUGGUGGAAGUUGGCCAAGACUCUCUUGGAUUAUAUCAGAAACUUGUCAUCUGGGGUAUUAUCGACGUCGGGCGUCAUCACAAACCGCGGAGUCUUCUGUCCAAUGUCGUUGCACCAACCACCUGCGACCAAUCGUGUCGUCUCGGGAUUGUGGCGACGAUUCUCUCAAACGCCGUCUACGCCGUCUACGGUGGUCUCCCUGCCCGUUCAAGGUCUCAGCUUCUCACCGCCGACUUCGAACAGCAUGCAGCCCGUCGGGAUGUGGCAAGAAUUCCCGUGCCUACGAGGACAGUCUUCUCAGAAACAAACCCAUUUCGACACAACUGCUAUCAACAGUCCUGGAUAUUCUACUCUUUCCUGCCAACCACAGUCGCCCUUCCGAAGUUGAACGCGGAUGACAGAACACCCGAACGAGCCUGA